AAUUAAUUUUCUUCACCCUAAUGAAUUAUUGUCGUACUUUUACGCUUAUGUAAUGUGAGAAUAUGAGUGAAUGGUAACAUAUUGGUUGGAGUUAUAAAGAGAAAUUAUUAUCCAUGGAUGACCGUGGAUACCCGAAACCCGAACGGGUAUGGGGAUGACUUUGAUUUUUUACCCGUUUCUUAUGUGGGUAUGGGUAACAUCCGAACUACUUUGGGUAGGAUAACGGAUAUGCACUAUCCGCCCCGACCCGACCCGACCCAUUGCCAUCCCUAACAAGCAUCAACAACAUGGUGAAAACAAACAUAUAUAAGUUAGUCAUAUGUACUCAUAUUUAUCAAGCUUUCCCAAUAAGGAAAUUUACCAAACAAAAUAAUUACUACAAGAAUCAACGACACGAGUGAAACCAACAUUUUGGUUUCACCUAUUAGAAGAAAAUGUAUGGUUGCAAUCCAUCCAAUACUUACACAAGAAAAAAAGUAACACGACGCACCUAUUAGGAAAAAAGUAAAGUUUCAAUCCAUCCAAUACUUACACAAAAAAGAAAGAAACACACAACUACAAAAUAAAAUCAAGAAACACUUCAACAACAAGAACAACCCGGCCAACGGACGGGGCGCUGUGCUAGUGAGGGGAUAGGAGGGUUUUGAUAGUGGGAGUUGGAACAAUCUGAUUUCUCAUUGUUCCUUAAUUAUCUCAUGAAACAUGUCGUUUGGUUUUUGUGAUUAUUUAGGCGAUAUUUUUACAAUGUUUAUUAUUGAGUCAUUUUCUUAUUUUUUAUGUGCAAAUAUAUAUAAUAUGAUUUUUAUUUUUAUUUUGAUGUGAUGAAAAGAAUAAAUUAUAAUGAUUUUUAAUUCUAAGUUUUUAAUUGAGAUUGUUGAGAGAGUUUGUGUUGAUCUUGAUAUCAUCAGAACAAUUUGGAAUUUGGAGUUACCUAUUGGCUGAAACGGAGGAUAUCUCAUGGAAGUCACCUCCUCUUAAGUGGGCCACCCUCAACUCUGAUGGCUUCGUUCACCCUCGUACAGGCCAAAACACAGCGAGUGGCCUCAUUAGAGAUCAUACAUGCGGAGUUGGAAUACCUUGGUCAAAGCCUUCCUAGACAGACGUUUCCCCUAUUCCUGAAAAGGUUGACGAUGUGUAUUCAUCAACCCCAUCUGCUGAUGGCAGUUGUUGCUGUUUUAUGGCGGAUCUGGCGAUCUCGUAAUUGGGUUGUUUUUUAGGGCAAGCAGUUUGGGAUCCCAGCUCUUAUGCGCCAAUUUAAUCAGCAGUAUCAGGAGUGGAUAAACCUGCCGGGGGAUAGGCCUCAUCCGCGGCCCCCUGCUAGUUCUAGCUCGCCGCUGGGAACGACCAAUGCUGGGUCAUUCAUUUGUCAGUGGGAUGGCGCUACCAGGCGUGGCUCUCAUUCUGCAGGUGGGAUGGUUAUCCGGUCUUCGGCUGGACUGGUGGUAGGAGCUCGGGGUGUUCAGUUUGGUAUCAUUGAUGACCCUUUGGUUGUUGAGAUGCUCACGCUCCGCGAUGCUAUUCAUUGGUGUACUGAGGAGGGGUUGACGGAUGUACGAUUUGAAGGGGAUGCUCAGGUGAUCGUUGAGAAGCUUACCAGCUCUGAGGUCCGUGACAGCCGGAUUGGCGCUCUGCUCGAGGAAGUUCUGCAUUGUUUAUCUAACCAGCAAGGGUUUAGUGUUCAGUUUGUAGGUAGGCAUAAUAAUAGGGUAGCUCACUUGGUGGCUCGCAAUACCCUUCUAUUGUACCCGUCUGCAAGUCGGUUCUUUGAUUUUGUGGCCUGGCUCAAUUCCCGGAUGUAGCUGCCUUUUUUUUAUCGAUAUAAGAUUAUCUUUUGUAAAAAAAAAGUCUAAUUUGUAGCUUUUGUGAGAUGGGGUUAAUUAAUUAAUUUGCUGCGGAAAUAAUGGGAGAUGGGCAGACUUUAAUCAAGUAUCGUGUCUUGUAGGUGCAAAAAAAUGUAAUUCACUCAUAUUUUUCAUUUAUUCGCAUCAUUUUUUUUGUUAUUCACGCUAUAUUUGCGUUAUUCAUGUAAGAGUGUUGAUUAUUCACGCAACUAAUACUGUUAGGUCAUGCAAUUUGGUGUUUAUUUGCACAUAUUGUUAUUUAUUUACGUCGUUGUAAAAUAAAAUUUUAAACUUUGA